UAUCGCUGGUUUUGCAUUUAAUCCCAAAUACCAACCCCAUGCAUUGACUUGUCGGUCUACUGCAGUCAGAGCUGUUAGACAUUUGCAUGUUCAGUAUACCGAUGCUAUCUCAUUAUAUCCCACAAGCUAACAGCGGCAACAAAUCACAGCACCUUGAAAUCAGCCUUGAAAUCAGCCUUGAAAUCAGCCUUGAAAUCAGCCUUGAAAUCAGCCUUGUCCAACAUCAGAAGGUCCUUUUUGUUCCCAGACACUGGUGGCACUAUGUGGAGUCCAUUGAUCCAAUCACUGUCAGCAUCAACUCCUGGCUUGAAAUGGAUGUCGAUGAUGAAGCACGUGUGGGAGAGGCCCUCACUAAAACACUGGUUGAAGCGACAUCACAUGAAUUGAAUCUGCGGUACCUGAGCCUUGCUGUGCAGUCAUGCCUGGGCAAGCGGAAUGACCUCUGUAACGAGACCUUGUCUGUGAAUCCUGGGGCAGUGGUGAGCUCCCAUACGAAGAGGAAGCGGGAUACUGAUGGAACUACGGCAAAUAAAAUAAGAAGAAAAGGUCAUUGUGAACCUCCGCAGAUAACCUUCGGACUGCACCUGAUUCCCGUGCCUCCGAAAUUAGACGAGCAAUCAGCAAGUCCUGGGGACAAAGGAGGAGAGCGGUGCAGCUGUAAGCACUCUGAUUGCAGUGCACCCAGUAAUAAACUUGAGAGGCACUGCUGUGAAAAAUGCAGUCCCAGCAGUGCACCUGAAAGAGACAGCACUAAUGAGGCUGUGCUGGAGGAAGAUAAGAAGGAAGCAGACACUUUAACAAUCACUACCAACGACCUGCUAGAUUGCCUGCUCCAUCCACAGGUUGUCUCUUUAGUUGCUAAGCUUCUGUCCGAUAAACGGCACGUUUUGAUUUUUGUUUGUGUUUCAAUAAUGUUUGUAAUAAGCUCAUCAUUGUUAUUAAGUGUCCCUCUGUUCCUGCCCUCUGUCUUUAUGUAAGAAAGUUCAUGUGAAUCAUCUUCUUAAACUUAUACAGUCAUUUUCUUUCAACACUAGUGAAUCCCUUACAAAACUUUACCACAGUAUUGUUGCACUUUUCCCAUGCUUACACUAUGCAUUUACCACAGUUUACCCUGGUUUGCUAUGUUUUUUUUUACUAUCCGUUAUAUCUUUCUAGUCUUUACAAUGCUUACCUAUGCUGCACCAUGAUGUCACUGUGCUUUAUUACACUUUGCUAUGCUUUUACUAUGAUAAACUUUUAUAAUGGUAGGCUCCCUGCUGGUUUGAACCCUGCUAGUCUGAAAUGAGCUACAAUCUGAACCCUGCUGGUCUGAAAUGAGCUACAAUCUGAACCCUGCUGGUCUGAAGUGAGCUACAAUCUGAACCCUGCUGGUCUGAAGUGAGCUACAAUCUGAGCCCUGCUAUCACAAUGAAACGCAGUCUGUCAGCAGCAGUGGAAACCAAAGUUCAAAAUUAUAAUUCUGUGAUGAGUGUGUAACCAUUUACUGCUAUCUCUGUACAUUUUUGUUUAAACAUAAAAUAUUGUAAAAACAAAGCAUAGAUUGGUACAGCUUCCUAUCAGAGUACUG